UUUUUUUUUUUUUUUUUUUUUUUUAGUCUGCUUUUAACAUUUGCUUUCACGUGUAUAAGCGUACCCUCAUCUCUUUUGGUUGUCAGUGACAUGUUCCCCCCUCCCCCCUUAUUUCUCCGUGCUCUCAACUCUAUAAUAUUUCUGCAGGUGAUACAGACAGUUUUGUUACACACAUUCAGGAACGCGUAA